AUGGCAUCAAUACCAAAAUCGUUUGGCGAUUAUGCCGUUCUGCCCGUCCAGCUACCCCAGCUGCCGUCGCUGGCCCACCUCCCGCCUGCCACCCACUUCCUCUACGUGCGCCGCAACGCGCCCAAGAUUGCAACGGCCGAUGACGAGCGCAGCCUGUUCGUGGCUAACGUGCCCGUGGACAGCACAGAAGAGCACUUCCGGGCGCUGUUUGCGUUGCUGGUAGGCCCAGGCCGCUUCGAGUCCAUCUCGUUUGAGGAGGAGCGGAGGCGAGCUGCCAAGGCGAGACCCGACAACGACAGCGACGACGACGACGACAACUACGGUUCCGAGUCUGACUUUGACGAUUUCGAUGCUGUCCUGCCCCGCCAGGCAGCGAGCCUGGCCGAUCUGCAAUCGCGGAAACGGAAGCGGGAGGGCGGCCACGGCGGCAGAGGCGGCAGAGACGGCAACCCGGACGACAGCAGCAAGGUCGCAGCCAAGCAGCUGCGGCAGCAGGCCACUCUCCCGACAACGUGGCCACGCUCACUGCGCCGCAGUGGAAGCACGGCCGUGGCCCUCUUUGCGGAUGCCAAGAGCGUGGACGUCGUGCUGAAGGCGGUCGCCAAAGCUCACAAAGGCUCGCAGUACCCUGAGUGGCCGCCCCUCGAGGGCUCGUCUCUCGGUGCACCCUGGCUGGCCGGCCACAACCGUCUGGCGUACCCGAACCGCGAGUCCCUGCGUGAGUCCGUGGACGCCUUCUUUGCGCUGUUCAAUCAGCAGGAGGCUGCAGCCGCCGAUCUGGCACGUCGCCUGCGCAAUGUGCCCGAUGAGGACGGUUUCGUGACAGUGACACGCGGCACGACGGGCGGCGGUGGCCGUGGCGCACCUGCUCGGCAGCAGGAAGCGGCGUCGGCGCGGGCCAAGCAGCUCGCCAAGCAAGAGCGGCAGCGCCAGGACAUGACCAACUUCUACCGGUUCCAGCUGCGCGAGCGCAAGAAGGAAGAGCAGCUGGAUCUGCAGCGCAAGUUCCAGGAGGACAGCAAGCGGGUGGCGGCCAUGCGGGAAAAGCGCGGCAAGUUCAAGCCCGAGGCGUGA